AUUAUCAAAGUUGACAUAAACUAAUACAAGUUUAUUGAAAACUUUAUUCUACUCUUCAACCCAUUUAACCAAAGUUUAAUUAUUUUUAAUUAAAUAAUAUUAUGUACUAUAAUUAACGUAGUGUGAAAACUUGUUACCGUAGUGUAAUGCAAAAGGUAACGAAUUCAAGUUUAGUAUGUGCAAAUUUUUAAAAGCUAAUAGACGUUACUUACCUGUAGACAAUCGAUUAUUUUGUGACCUUGGAAAUUAUUUUCAAUUGAGUUUUUAAUUCAUUUUGUUUUUAUUUAAGUUUUUAUUAUAUAGAGAAGAAUGAUCAAGUCAAUAGGAUUAUCAUUGGUACCUUAUUCAAAUAUUCUAGCAAAAAUUGCUGGAACUUUAACUUCACUUCAAUUUUUAUCUGGAUUCUUUUUCUUAAAUGAUAUUCGUAAAAAAAAUUCAACAAUUGGUUUUCCCGUAUGGCCUUUUUUGGGUGGUAUUGUUUUGUGUGCAAUUAGUUUAAAAUUUGGGGUUAUUAUACGUGAUGAUGCUAUGAUAAAAGUUAAUUUUUUGGGUUUUGCUUUAAAUAUUGUAUUUAUGAUGGUUUUUUAUUAUUUUACUCCAAAUGAAAAUAAAUUGAAACUUUGGGGUCAAAUAGGCUUAAGUGGAUUAUUUACAGCUGGUUGUUUUGCUUAUGCAGAUUGGGAAAAUCCAAAUUUAGUUGAAUUUCGUCUUGGAAUGUUAAUUACUAUUGUUUUAGUAUUUUUAGUAGGAUCACCACUAUUAAGUUUAGGUGAUAUAAUGAAAAAAAGAAGUACAGAAGGAUUACCAUUUGCAAUGAUAUUCUCCGGAACACUUGUAUCAGCUUCUUGGAUGUUAUACGGUUUUUCCAUUUUAAAUGAUCUUAUGGUGUUCCAAAAUGCAUUCCUCCUAUUUCUCAGUGGAAUACAAUUAUCAUUAUUUGCUAUUUACCCGUCAAGCGCUAAUAAAAAUGACAAUAUUAGAGAUAAGAAAACCAAAUAACUACUAAUUAUUUUAACAUUUCUAAUCUAUUAAAUGGAUAAGAUAAAGAUUGUGAUGAUACAUUUUCCUGUGGUAAAAUUUUGACAAUAAUAGUUUUGUAAAAUACAAAAAUAGGACAAAUGAUUGCAAUACAAUACCGUUUUUGUUAUUUAAUCACUAAAAAAUUUAUUUGGAAAAGUUAGUUAGGAAAUAAUUAUUGAUUGUAUAUACAUACAUACAUACAAAUAUAUUGUUAAAAAUCAGAGCUAUUUUUUUGAAGAAUUGUUAAUAAAGUUAAUUGUUAUAGAUA